AUGGCCGCGCCACGAGGUUUGCCCUUAUUUUUUAGUUUCAACGGAAUAGGAUACCGUUUUCAGGUCUCCCAGAUCAGUCACUCAUCGUCGAAGGAAAGCGUGCGCGGAAGUCUGUCGAUCGCUUCGGAAGCCCCUGGACACCAGUUCCCGCGAGAAAGUACAAUGAACACGUCUUCAAUGGAAGCGGUGUACCAUUGGGCGACAUCCAAGGAGGUAACAACAGUCAGUCCAUCCCAUCUAAUCGCCUACCAGUCUUCCAAAAGAUCGACGAAACCGACGCGAUGCGACUCAGACCGCUUCACAGAGCCCUCUUCGGAAAGCCCGGCCAAUUGGCGAACUUGAAAAACGAAAUUCUCAAGUUCAACGGGUUAGUUUUGUGGAAAAUGUGGUUCAUGUUCAGUAAACGACAUUUUUGCGAUAGGAAAAUGCUGGCGAAUCGGUUUAGUCUGAUAAACUUUGACGUUGACAAAACGAGAAGAAAGGUCGUGCCACAGUUUGGGCAGCCAAAUCGGCAGAGGCAACUAAAUCAAACCUUUCAGAUUCGAUUUCGCCGUUGGAAGUGAGGCCUAUGAAAUGAAACAGAAGGCGUUCGGAAAGCUGACCGUCGAAACUCUGACGCUGAUGAAAAACGUUUUCGGUUUGGAAGGGGAGCUGAAGCAGAUUGGAGCAGCUGCUCUGAAAUUCUUGAUGGCUCCGGGAAAAGUAGAGACGCCUACAAAGCGGAAAUCGAGCGGGAAAGCAAAGCGAGCAGAGAAAAAGGCUCGCAUGUCCGAUUCUCCCGUCACCAGACCCGCGGGUCUCAUGCUUUCCGAGUCGUCGUCCGACGAAGACGAGGUAGGUGAGGUGGGAGUAGUGAUAAAAUUCAGGGUAGAUCAAGAUUGGAAUACUGUUUUACGCCGAGAGAGCAGAAAACCGGCGAUCAAUAAUCACACUACGAAAUUGAUGCAGUUUCAAGGAUGAUAGCAAUUUUGUUUCAGAAAGAUGAGAUCGUGAAGACGACAAAGCCGAAGAAACGUGUCUCAUUCGAAGACGACGCUCGACUCGUGAAGAUCAGCGGUCAGACGGACACGGAGGAUCCGAAUGUCACCGGAACUCCGCAGCUCACGGAUACAUCCAGUCUCACGGACACCUCGAGUCUCGUGGAAAAAGAAGACGACCGAACCGAACCAAAAGAAUGUGGCGUGUCUGCUGAGGUCAAGAAAACGAUCAAAACAGUUAUCAGAGAGGCCGAGGAUGUCUCCAAGGUAUCAAAAGAAAAACAAAUACGCAGACCUUGUCUUUUUCGUUCAGAUCACUGUCGGUCCGCUCGUCGAUGAGAUCAUCAAGCAUAAUCCGCAACAGUCUGCGAACAGAGAGGCCAUCAAAGAACAAGCAAUCAAAGAGCUCAGAUCAAUGAAGUAA